AUGAAAGAAAAGGUAGAUAAAGAACUGGAGCGCCUGGAAAAGGAUGGCGUCAUCAGCCCUGUGAAGCACAGCGAGUGGGCUGCUCCAGUGGUCCCUGUAACCAAGAAGGACGGUGGACUCCGCUUGUGUGGCGACUAUAAGGUAACUGUGAACCUGGCUACAAACACUGAAACAUACCCACUACCACGCAUUGAAGAGGUUCUGGCAGCAUUAUGUGGGGGGAAGAUAUUCUCUAAAAUCGACCUGGCAGCCGCGUACCAACAAGUCCUUCUAGAUGACGAGUCAAAAAAGUAUACAACUGUGAACACGCAUAAAGGACUGUUUGUGUACAAUCGGCUUUGCUUUGGCAUUAAUUCUGCUGUCAGUAUUUUCCAAAGGAUCAUGGAGAACGUGAUGAGAGACCUCAACGUCCUGGUUUACUUGGAUGACCUGCUAGUGAUGGGCAGGGACGAAACUGAGCAUCUGCUGAACCUGGACAGAGUUCUACAGCGGCUACAAGAAAACGGCCUGAGAGUAAAAAAGUCAAAGUGUGACUUUGGGAAAACACAAAUCGAGUACCUAGGUCACAUGUUGGAUGAAAAAGGAGUUUACCCUUCUAAAGACAAGGUCAGAGCCGUGCAUGAUGCUCCAACGCCCACAAACAUCAAAGAGCUCAGGGCUUUCCUAGGGCUAGUGAACUACUACGGUCGCUUUUUGCCGCAGCAAAGUACUGUUUUGGCCCCACUCUACAAACUGCUAAAAGACCAAACAAAAUGGAGGUGGAGUAAAGUGGAACAGAGCGCUUUUGAUAAGUGCAAAGAAAUGUUGACCGGUGACAAGGUGUUAGUUCACUAUGAUCCGAGCCUGCCGCUUUCUCUCGCAUGUGAUGCUUCGGCGUACGGAAUUGGAGCCGUUAUUCAGCACACAACGCAUGACGGACAAGAGCGUCCAGUAGCCUAUGCUUCUCGUACACUCUCACCGGCGGAAAAGAACUACUCACAGAUAGAAAAGGAGGCGUUGAGCCUGGUGUAUGGAGUAAAGAAAUUCCAUCAAUAUCUGUGGGGGCGGAAGUUCAAUUUGAUCACCGACCAUAAACCGCUGCUCACGCUGUUUGGAGAACAUAAAGGACUUCCAACAAUGGCAGCAGCGCGCAUACAGAGGUGGGCUAUCAUACUGUCUGCCUAUGAUUACCACAUAAUCUACCGCCAGUCAGACGAACACGGCAACGCAGAUGGUCUGUCUCGUGUCCCACUGCCGGAGACUGCGGAUGUAGGAACAGAGACAAUGACAGCAUACCUACAUGCACUCAUCUGUGAACACCUGGAGGGUGUGCCACUGAGUGCACAACAGAUUUCCAGGGCAACACGCAAGGAUGCAGAGCUAUCAAGGCUGCACAGAUACAUCAAGGAAGGGUGGCCAAGGGAAGUAGCAGAAGAACUGAAAGUGUUCUACAAAAAGAGAGAGGAACUAUCUGUUGAGCAAGGUUGUGUUCUUUGGGGUACAAGAGUAGUGGUACCUAAAAAGCUAAGAACAGCAGUGCUUAAUGAGAUCCACAAUGGACACCCUGGCAUUGUAAAGAUGAAGACCAUUGCGAGGCAAUAUGUCUGGUGGCCACAUGUAGACAUGGACGUUGAAAAGACCUGUAAGCAGUGUGACAGGUGCCAGUUGGAGCAGCGUAUGCCACGCCCAGUCCCUCUACACCCCUGGGAGUUUCCUGGAGAGGUUUGGAAAAGGCUCCACAUUGACUUUGCAGGUCCGUUUAUAGGUCACAUGUUCAUGAUAGUUGUAGACGCAUACUCUAAGUGGCUGGAGGUUUUCAAGAUGGCAAAAAUAACAUCUUCUGCAACCAUUUCAAGGCUUCGGAGACUUUUUGCGUCAUAUGGAUUACCAGAGCAAAUUGUCACAGACAACGCCACGACCUUCAUGUCAGAGGAGUUUCAGCUCUUCAUGAAAAGGAACGGUAUCCUUCACACAACUGGUGCACCGCGGCAUCCAGCUACCAAUGGCCUCGCUGAGAGGUAUGUUGCUACAUUCAAAGCAGGCAUGAAGAAGCUGGACGGAGAGGACUUGAAUGUUGAGGACAAGGUCUCACAUUUCCUACUGCGGUAUCGCACAACUCCCAACAGUGCGACUGGAGAGUCACCCGCAGAUUUGCACCUAAAGAGACAUGUGCGUUCGCGGUUGGAUUUCCUAAGGCCAAACAUCGCCAUGAGGGUGCGGAGGAGGCAGUAUCAGCAGAAGGAGGAGCACGACAGUCGGGCUACCGAGAGACAGUUUGAUGUGGAUGAUCCUGUGUAUCUACGCAAUACUGCAGGUGAUAAACCCAAAUGGAUCCCUGGAGUAGUUACACAGCAGACAGGUCCGGUGUCGUACCGGGUGCAGGGAGAGACAACUGACCAAGUGUACAGACGUCACGGAGACCAGUUGCGACCUCGGUAUCCUCAGGAGGUUUCAGACCCAGAGCCUCUAGGAGCAACUCAGUCAGCGGAUCAGGAGAGCAACCUUGCUGGGCCAGUCUCCACAGCACCUGCCCCACAACCGUUUACGUUGGACCAGCCUGAGCCGCCUGAUCCAGAAACAGUGACUUUGAGGCGCUCGGAGCGUACGGCUAGGCGGCCGUCACGCUACAGAGACUAA